AUGGAUGGAAACUGUGAACAAGGACGCAAUAUUCGUGAUGAUUCCUCAAGCGUCCACCCUAAACUGCGUGGUAAACGAAAAGCAACCGAUGAUCCCACCGGAGCGGGAGGAUCGUUAGAUUCGCCUCCCAGUUCGUCGUCACUACUAGCCCAGCUGUAUGCAUCUUCCUCAUCAUCGUCAUCAUCGCAACCACAACAGCAGCAAACAUAUGGAUCAGGUCCAACGGCAACAGCGUCUCUACAGUUCGACACUCUUGCAUUAAUGGAGCAGUUGAAAAAACGCAAUUUAGGACUUGAAAUACCAACCAAUUUCACAGUGGAAUCAAUGAAUGAAACAACAGUCAAUUUGGAAGUAUGGAAAACAAGUCGUGUGCUAGCUCGUUCACCUGAUAUUGAAGGAUAUUUGCCAGCAUGCAUUAAAGGUGUCAGAGCAAACAAAGAUGUUACCGUACAGUUUGACAAUGGUACUGAACAUGUAUUUGAAGACGUGAUAACAUCAUUGCGUGAAUAUCCUGACAUACUCGCCGAUCAAGCACCAACCCCUGAUUCGAUCAAUAUUGCGGACGUGGUUUGUGUGAGGUGGAAGAAUGAUGAGAACAUAUAUCGUCUAGCUGAAGUAUUGAAAAAAACAGCUUGGCCCAUAAUGUUUCAGAUGCGUCUACAUGUUGGUAUUUCAACCGAUUUUUGGUUUCACCGUGCAAGCAUACGGCUGUUACGUCCGCCGUGGUACGAUGAGCUAAACGCCAUGGGCAGUUACAAUAAUUCGACCGUCAAAAGUCGUGAUGAAAACGGUGGAACUUAUUCUAACAGCUGUUCUGGAGUAUUGGCAAGUGUAAUAACACAUUUUGCACCUCUAGCCUUACCAAGUGCUGUUCGAACAACCUCAUCCAGCCAUCUGAGUGCAACCGAAAAUGAGUCUCAAACACUACAAAAAAAGGCUAGCUACAGUGAUGCUGCAGAUUCCGAUGAUGAACCGAUAAAAGAUGAUCAGGUUGAAGGUACAUCUGAUGCGAACAAUUUUUCGGGUAAAUCAACGCCAAAGUCUGCGGUAGGAACAAUUGCAACAGAGCGAAUGUCAACACAGUUUUUUGGCUUAACACCAACUCAAGCGGUUUCUGGCAACGCGACAACUUUUGAUGAAGUUCAGCAAGUGCAACAAUGUGUAGCAAGUCAAGCUGUUUCAGUAGCUUGCGCUGCUGCCGUGCAGGUAAAAGUUCAUGUUAGCUAUAUGGAGUAUAUUAUUCCGCAUGGUCUACUUUUCAAAUCCCGUAUGACCAUUUAUAUCAGUAUUGAUAAUAUUUCUUUUAUUUCGUUGCGGAUGACUAUCGUAAUUACCUCAUUUGCAACGAUCAUGCUCACCACUCCACUGGCUUUAGCUGUUGCGCGGACACUAACAGUAUCACGUGGGAUUUUGACAUGUUUUUGA